CAAAACAUGGAAACGGAGUCACUGUUACCUAAGCCAACUUACGGUGGCAUAAAGAGGUACUUGAGACGGCGGCGCUACCAGCGGCUCGACGGCGGCAACGGUGGAAAGAAAACAAAGAUCAUAAGGUUAAGAAGAAGCCCACGUAGGUCAUGGAGGAUCAGAGUGGUUCCAAGGUUGUCAUGGGUUGUGAGGUCACCGUUGAAGAUGUUUACGAAGCUUAAGAAUGCUUACAUGAACUUCAUGUUGAGAUCAAUGAACAGCGACAACAUGUUUGGCGACAAACACAUUCCUAAGGCUCGUCAAGUGUCUAAGGAUUAUUCCGGUGAUGCGUUUGAGGCCAGACUCAUUUUUGAGAUUUCCAAGGCCUUGGUUGCUUCUCAUGAACUAUAUCCCAUGUAA